CGCUUCGUAGAUUUCUCUCCUAGCAUAAUAAUCACUUUACACUCGCUGGAAUAAAUUCGCUUGGAUGUUUUUUACAGCCAUUUACCAGGAACACGCUUAUUUUCUAUACUAUCGAAUACUGGAACUUCAAAACGAUAUAACUCAUUGCAAACUGUGCGAUUCCGAAGGAGCCCCAGCAAUGGCUACUGUUCACCAAGGAGCCUUCGCGGCGAAGAAAAUGCGGGAGCGCGAAGAGAAAAUCAAAGCAGGUUUGAACCCGAUGCAAUACAAUACGAAGUUCAUGGACAGCAUUUGGGGCCAGUACAAUCGCUACUCCGUGCACAAUUUGAAGAAAAUCAUGGACGAUCGAACGAAGGAGUGCUUCGUUUCGCCGGCUCAGAAAGUCGCCCCGAAGAAUGGCGAGAAAAUUUUCUCCGCUGACAAUCCCUUUGUUUCGAAACGUUUGUACAAUUAAGGCUGCAUUUUAAUAAUAAAGCGAGAAGUAAAAA